ACAGCCACCACUCCACUCACUCGCUGCCUCUCUGACCCACCAGCGCACCAGCAAGCCGCACCACACCGCGUCACCUGCUUGCUCUUCACGCGCCGCCUCUCACGCCUGCCGCCUGCGCCGGCUAGCCCCUGCCCCUGCCCGCCCGCAUGUCCUCGUCCGAGGCCUCGUCGUCGGCCGCGGCCGCGCCGCCGCCGUCGGAGGAUGUCGCCAUGGCUGCCGCCGAGCCCAAGGUGCCCGAGGAGGAGCCGCUGCCCGACGACAUCCUCAACGCCAGCGCCGACGAGAUCGCGACGCGCACGCGCCUGCUCGAGAACGACAUCAAGGUGAUGAAGUCGGAGCAGAUGCGCCUCUCGCACGAGCAGAGCAGCAUGCGCGAGAAGAUCAAGGACAACGCCGACAAGAUCAAGCAGAACAAGGUGCUGCCGUACCUCGUCGGCAACGUCGUGGAGAUCUUGGACAUCGACCCGGACGUGGAUGAGGACUCAGAGGAGGGCGCGAAUGUGGACUUGGACGCGCAGCGCAAGGGCAAGUGCGCCGUGAUCAAGACGUCGACGCGCCAGACGAUCUUCCUGCCGCUCAUCGGCCUCGUGCCGCCGGAGUCGCUGAAGCCGGGCGACCUGAUUGGUGUCAACAAGGACAGCUACCUGGUGCUCGACAAGCUGCCGGCAGAGUACGACAGCAGAGUGAAGGCAAUGGAGGUGGACGAGAGGCCGACGGAGGAGUACACGGACAUCGGCGGUCUGGACAAGCAGAUUGAGGAGCUGGUGGAGGCCAUCGUGCUGCCGAUGCAGCAGGAGGAGAAGUUCAAGAACCUCGGCAUUCGGCCACCGAAGGGCGCUCUGAUGUACGGGCCACCAGGAACGGGCAAGACGCUGCUUGCGCGAGCAUGUGCUGCGCAGACAAACGCGUGCUACCUCAAGCUGGCCGGCCCGUCGCUGGUGCAGAUGUUCAUCGGCGACGGCGCCAAGCUCGUGCGCGACGCCUUCGAGCUCGCCAAGGAGAAGGCACCGACGAUCAUCUUCAUCGACGAGCUCGACGCCAUCGGCACGAAGCGCUUCGACUCGGACAAGUCGGGCGACCGCGAGGUGCAGCGGACCAUGCUCGAGCUGCUCAACCAGCUCGACGGCUUCAGCUCCGACGAGCGCAUCAAGGUCAUCGCCGCGACGAACCGCAUCGACAUUCUCGACCCGGCCCUGCUGCGCUCCGGACGUCUUGACCGCAAGAUCGAGUUCCCGCUGCCCAACGAGGAGGCGCGCGCGCGCAUCAUGGAGAUCCACAGCCGCAAGAUGGCCGUCGGACCCAAUGUCAACUACGAGGAGUUGGCGCGCUCGUGCGACGAGAUGAACGGCGCCCAGCUCAAGGCCGUCUGCGUCGAGGCGGGCAUGAUUGCGCUGCGCGAGGGCGCGAACAUCCUGGACCACGAGCACUUCUUCGGCGGCAUUAUGGAAGUGCAAUCGAAGAAGAAGUCCGAAUUCGCGUACUACUCGUAGACGACUCUCACUCUCCCGUAAUGCACGACUUCACCAAGGG